GCACAAAAGCCACAAUCCUACUCACUGCUAAGCACAAAAUCCAGGCACAGAUUUCAAGAUGAAGCUUUUGCUGCUGCUGACGCUGUUGACAGCAUGUGCUGCAACUCCUGAAGAUCUGUCCGGUAGAAUGUUCACUUUCCCACAAGAAACCAACACAGCUCAUGUGAGGCUGACUGCGUCAAGUCAGGAUUUCAGGGCUGUAACUGCUUGUCACAGGUCCUUUACAGACCUCAAAAGGGACCACAUCCUUUUCUCUCUGGCCACCCCCUCGAAUGCCAACGCCUUACUGAUUUUCUGGGAUGAAGCAAAUAAGGAGAUGGAGCCCCAUAUCAGGGAUAAAAAAUCUGAAUAUCGAGGGCAGGACUACAAACCAAACAUGUGGCACUCUAUUUGUACCACAUGGGACUCUACAUCUGGACUGGUGCAGCUGUGGUUUGAUGGACAACCUACGAUUAGGAAAUUCGUCACCUCUGGAUCAAACAUCAGAGGCUCCACUAUAGUUAUAUUAGGACAGGAGCAGGAUUCUCACGGUGGGGGUUUUGACCUUAAGCAGUCUUUCGUUGGCAUGAUGUCGGAUGUCCACAUGUGGGACUACAUCCUUUCACCCUGCGAGAUCCAGAACUACAUGGAUGGUCUAAACUUCACUCCGGGGAAUGUGCUCAACUGGAGUGCGCUGGAGUUCCAGAUUAUAGACAGGGUGCUGAUAGAAGACAAACAUAUGACCUGUCACUAAACUUUACAAACAGAACUAUUCAUGUCCUGCAAAGUCAAAAAACACAUUUUCUGUGCUUUUAUGUCCAAUCUAAAGUGUAAGUACCAAUGUAAGCAUUUUAUGUUAAAUCAUUAAAGGAUAGGUUCUGAUUUAUCUUAAUGCAAUAAUCACAUGAACGAGUUGUUUUGAUUGUUCUGAUCAUUUCACCUGUCCAUAGCACGGCCGAGAGAAAGAGAACUGUUCUCCUACUUACAAGAAAACUUAACUGAAGAUAAAUUCCGGUCCUCAGACCGUCAAAGAACAUUCUAGACAGAUUUAGCUAACACCUCCUCGGGUGUGGCCAAUCAGGGAACACGAGCUAUCAGGGAAUCAGUCCCACAAGCUGUGUGCAUUAAGCCAAUCAGAAGCCACAUCUCACCAUCAACAGUGGACUUGCCAUAGUUUACAGUGAACGGCAACUACACUAACCUACAUACAAAACUGAACGAUAUGAAUGAAAUUAAGAUCAAUAUAUCCAUCUCUUCCAUCAAUAAGAAACAAUAAUAUCAUAUCAUAAAAAAGUACCUCUUCCUAACAAGAUUGCUGUAAAAGAAGAGGGACAUAUGAAUUCAAAGCUCAGUCAAAGCUAAAAUAAGGCUUCAAUAGUCUUGAAUUACCCAGUGCAGGUGGGUUUUGGCACCGUCUUUUUCAAUGAAGCUGUUGUGUCGCUUCACAGCCAGUGUGCAGUGGAGGAGUGAUUAUGGUGACCCAUGACUCUCUCAGCGUACACCACUCAAGUAAAAAAAGCUGUGGGCUAAAUGCACAACUUACAAUCAGCAAAAAAUAGAGUAAGUGUUAAGUUUACUGUGCCGCUGAAGACAGAAAUGACACAGCAUGAGAGAAAUGCCUUGAUGCUUAUCGUGGAGCGACAGCUUAAGGAGCGUGCAUGUUUAAUGGGGAGCUGAGGAGGAAACGAAGCACGUGUGCGUGCGAGUGUGGAGGUCAGGUGAUGAGGAAAGGCAGAGACACACCUGAGACAACGUCUGGACAGGCAAGGAAGGCUUAAAUAUUACUUGACAUGCUUGUGUAAAGACCUAAAGAAAUCCAAAACUAUGUUUUUGUAAGUCAAGUUCCUUUUAUUUUAGAUGUGUCUUUGGCAAUAAUGCAGCAUGUUGCAACAUCUAGCUGACAGAGCAAUACACGGAUAACUCUGCAAUCUGUCUGCCAUUCAUUACAUUAUUUCGUAACAUGUUUUGAUUUUUUAGCUUUUCAAACUACGAUCGUGAUCAGAGGGGAGAAAAAUAAAAACACUGAACGAGUCACUCGUGAUCUCUGGCAGAGAAUAAUCACUCGGCAUCUCUGUCCAGAUCUUCACCCUGCCUACCACAUUGUGUUGUUUUUUAUUUUUUUAAGACUGGAACUAAAAGGUGGUGAUGUUCCUCCAUGCCUGCUGCUAAGUCAUCAUUCUUUAAUAUUUAAACUUUCCAAAGCGAUCAUGUCUGGACUGUGGAUCUGUCAAGCCGUUUUCAAAGUCAUCCGCCCCCUACUGGCCAACAAACGCUGGGUCUUGAUAUUUCUAUCAAUUGCACUCACCUCAACACUGUUCUGAUUGUUUUGAAAUAAACAAUCCCUUCAUUCAA